GAAGGACAUCCGCCCUCCUCCGGGGAAGACGCUGUCCCCGCUGCCCAGCCACGCCGCACCUUUUCAGGCUUCGGCUCCCGCCCGGACGACAGCGCCCUGGGGAGCAGCACCCACCCCGGGAGCCCGGGCUUCGGCCAGGGGCAUGAGACCGGCCAAGCGCCCGCGCCUCCUCGGCCGGGGCCGCGCACACUUGCGAUGGCAGUGCAGCUGGCCCGCUGCAAUGUAGGGUAAACACAAGACGUGAAGAAUAGUCAAAAGGACCAGUGCUUGCCAAAGGGGCCUGAGAGGGAGGCCGGGUCAACACCGUGUGGACAGCUCGGCACUGUUUUCCAAAGAUGCUCUUGAAGUAGUCCUCACUAACACAGCUUGCCUUCACCUGCCAUCAUGGGCUGCAUGAAGUCAAAGGAAACGUUCCCAUUUCCUACCACAUUAGACAUUGACAAGCUACAUGAGAGUGAAGAGGCCUUUAUGCCAGAUGACAGCUGUCAAUAUAGGACGCCAGAUGAACAACAACAAGUUCAGGCAGUGAAGAAACCCCCAGAGGCCAGUGCUGUGAUUGGUGCCGUGAUCCUUGAAUUUGCAGACCGUCUGGCCAAUGAAAUUGUGGAGGAUGCUUUGCAGCAAUGGGCGUGUGAAAACAUCCAAUACUACAACAUCCCAUACAUCGAGAGUGAGGGCUCUGACACCACCAUUGACUGAUGAUACUCAACUGUGCUCUGGAUGUAGUCGGUGCUAGUUAAAUACAUACGUUUUCAAAUUGCAACUGGAUGUUAAACCAUGUCUGUGAUAGUGUAGGGAUGCUUAUGAUGAAAUAUGAUUUUAAGUAGUUCUACUAUUUUAACAUCAAUGUAUAUUUGCUUGAUCUCAAAUUUUGGUCACAGAGGGCCUGGAAAGAGGUCUUGUGCCACCCAGCCAUUAGCUGUCUGUCAUACCAUGCUCUUCCUGGGGCAUGAAUGACAACACCAAAGAAAAUGUUGAAUAAGAAGUGCCCAAGUUCCAAAUGGUUAUUUUAAGAGGUUUACUUUAAAAUGAGUACUUUUGUUAAUUUAUA